CUGCAGACCAGGAGGGAGGGACCUAGAUCCCUGCGAUCUUACCCAAAGGAAGCGUUCUGCCCGGUGGCAGCCGCGGUUCUCCGCUGCAGAGUUUUGCGUCCGCGUCCGCACCAGUCCAGAGUCCGAGGGGUCAGACGGUGCGUCCCGGCGCGGCGAGAGGAUGGUCAUCCGUGUAUUCAUCGCCUCCUCCUCCGGCUUCGUGGCGAUAAAGAAGAAGCAGCAAGAUGUGGUUAGAUUUCUGGAAGCCAACAAGAUAGAGUUUGAGGAGGUGGAUAUCACAAUGUCAGAAGAACAGAGGCAGUGGAUGUACAAAAACGUGCCCCCAGAAAAGAAGCCCGCUCAGGGCAACCCUCUGCCGCCUCAGAUAUUUAAUGGUGACCGAUACUGUGGAGAUUAUGACAGUUUCUUUGAAUCAAAGGAAAGCAACACAGUCUUUUCAUUCUUGGGCCUGAAGUCACGGUUGGCAUCAAAGGCAGAACCUUAGAGAAGACAAGUGGAAGAUGAUGGAGAUGCAUUUUGGAGCGCCCCCGGUACUCAGCGCACACCUGCUUACCUAAUGCAUCACUGUGACAGAAGCCACAUGCAUCAUCAGUAACUUUGCUUGCAUUUGGAAAAGGUGUUCUUGGAAGACAUGGGUAUAAUGGGACUGCAUGAUCACUUUAAACCAAAUCAGAACUGUGGUGGGUUUUUUCUUAUUUUCAGAAUUGCCUGCAGUUGCCUCACUCACCUGGAGGUACUAUAACCUGUUACAGGUGUGCUUCCUUAAUGACUGAAAGAUAAGUGAGUGGCACCAUCAGAGAGAAAAUGUUGGAUCUGUCCUAGGUUGUAGUUGAUGCCACUAUUGCUCAGACCUUCUUCUCUUUAAGCUGCCUGGGUUGUAUCCUUAAAUUAGUCUGCCAGGAUAUAAGAGUCUUCUGAUCAGAAAGAAAAAAAAAGAAAUGUUGGUUGACAAGGAAUUAAGAUUUUCGCUGCAGAAUCACAAAUGUCACUUUCAGUGCUUUGUAAUAACACCUACAGAAAAAGUUGGAUGUUCUAGGCUCCUUUUGGUAAUGUAAACUCUUAUCCCCAUAAAUCCUCUAAGCACCCACAGAUAUUUCCAAAAAUCACUGUUGCAACGAUUGUGUGAUCAGAAUCAAAUUACAUGAAUGAAAAUAAUCGCUAUUUUGGAAAAUAGAUGCUUCUUUAUCUCUUGCAAGAGGGAAUUUUCACCUAAAUGCACGAAACUGUUUAAAAGUAUAUUUUAAGAGGUGCACUAAUUAGGUAGUAAAUUUAUAGGAAAAGUACUUGACUCAUAUCUGAAGGCAUUUUCAGCUCUAGCAACUUAUACAUAAGUGCACAUAUAUUUUUAAAUGGAGCUACCCUGACUAACAGCUGCUUAUUCUAUUUUGUGAAGGGAUUAUAUUUUUUUGAGAAAGGAAGAUCUUGGUUAGAUAUAUUUUUGAACCCUUGAUAAGGCAUAUUAAAAGAUACUAAUAUUGCUGCACAAUUCUUUUUUUUCUGCCUUACUUUCCCCUUGGUUCUUUAACUUUACUAGUUCAUAUUUCUGGCCAAUGCACAGUCUCGGAUUUUUCAGAGUAAUGUACAUACAUGUUCUCAUUCCAUAUAUGAGCUCAGUGAGUUUCCAGAAAAGCAUAUAUGAGAAAGGGAUAAAUCUGAAUUGUACUUGGCAUGCAAAAUCUUUACUCCCUUGGAGUGCAUGCUGAUAAGCACUAAACAUGUCUAUUUUAUUAGGGCAGAGGCUACUUUUUUACAUCCUUGUUCCUGCUUACAUUUUCUAGAGCUUUUAGUUGCCAAACAUGAGAAGAGUCUUGAAUAGGAUGUUAUUACCAGCAGGCUCCCUAAAAUAUUCCGCUGUUCUCAGCAUCCUGAUGCUGGACCUUCCGUUUAGAUUCUGAGCAGGGGUUUAUAAGAAACUGAAAGAACAGAAGAAUUAAAGCUCUAUCACAUAUGUUCUCUCGCCCUCCACCUUGCUAAAUGUGGACUCGUUGAAUGCAAAAGCUAAAAUCCUAGACAGAUCUGUAGCCCAGGACUGCAGUCAGAAGAAAAGCAUGCACAGAUUUCUGCUAGACUGGGACACAUACACGACCCACAGUUUUCUCUCCAAGGAAAGCUGUUGUGAAAUCAUGGGUAUUACUGCUUAGUUGGCAUUAAAGAAGAUCUAGGUCAAAUCCAUUUGAUAAAUCCCAGGGACUAUCCAGGAUUUUUUUUUAACUGGAUAUUGUGUUUGAGCAUGUGAGUCUUCUGAUAAGACUUAGAAUUUCUUUUUAAGCUACAGCAAUUAAGAAAAUUUUAAUGUUGCAAUGAUCUAAUUUAUAUUUUCUGCUCUUGCCAGUGAGCACCAAAAACCUACUUGUUAAGAUUGAGACUUUGUAAGUUAAAUUCUGGGGUUAUAGGUUCAAUACAAUCAUUGCUAGACAGGGAAAGCUACUCAAAUUUGUCUUAAAAUUUUUGAAUUAUUAUGGCUAUUGUAGGCCCAGUGCAGCUCUUCUAAACAGACUAGAUGAAUAGUAGUGCUAAAUUACUGUCACCGUUACUCAUCAUCUACUCCCCACCCUACCUUAUUUUUUUCUUUAUUGGUCAGUGCAAAGAAAUAAGAGAGACCAGCCUCGGCCGUUCUUGUUUUGUGUGAGCUAGAAGCACAUUGUGUGGCGUUAACGCAGCACCACAGCACCCAGGCUCUGCAGAGUACUGAAGGAUUGCCCUGUGGAACCACACUGUCUUCAGAGGAUAUUGGGUCCUUACUUGUCCUAUUUUACCAGCUGAAUUUCAAACAUGUAAUGGUUUACAUGUUCCCUUCUUGAACUAGCUGUCUUUAGAUUUAGAUAAUCACAGUCUUAAAAGCCUAGGAAAGAAAUGGGUGGGGAUUGCAGGCUUAGAGGUAAUGUCAAGGGCAUUUCAAGACAGGAUUUUUAUAUCCUGUAGUAGGCUUGUUGGGACAAAGGAAGUGUGCUGCCAGAAAUCAAAGUAUGCCAUUUUAAAAUUAGAUAAAAUACACAGUGCCAUCCUGCUAGGUAUAGGCGGUAUAUGCAGACCAGAAGGAAAUUUUGUUGGGGAAAAAUUUGUGUGUUGUUUUUUUUCCCCUCCAAAUUCUGGUGUUCUCUUAAAAAUCAAAGAGCAGAAAAGGAAGAUUUUUUUUCUCAGACUUUAAUAUAUUUUAGAUUUGUUUCUGUUUUAUAGAUUUAUUCAACAUUCCCACAUAGAUGUUUUUGUAUUACAUGGAUUUAUAUGAACUAAACCUAUUUUUUCCUGUUAUUGAAAGGUACCAAAGUCUCUUUUUUGUUUGUUUGUUUGUUUGUUUUGGUUUUUUAAAAUUUGAUUUUGCUACCGAGGGUUUUGCUUUUCCUAGAAAUGCUUUUAUUUAGCAGCUUUUCUUAAGUGUCAGGGCCACUUUGAUCUGCAUAAUUGUUAUUUUUAGAUUUCAAUUUGUAUGCAUUUGUCCCUAAAGGCAUUGGUGAAAUCUCAGAUUUUAUAUUCAACAUUUAAAAGGAAUAAAUUCCAGAAAACACAUAUUCUGAAAAUUGAGUGUUUGUUCCCUUUCUUACACCUUUUCUAAUGUUAGUUUCGUGUUUGGUUGAAACCUUCCUGUUUAUUUAGGAUGCUGGGUUUCCACUCUCAUCCAUGAGCCCCAUAUCUGCAGAUUAGUUAUAAAAAUGUAGACAUAUCGUUUGACCAUUUGAGGAGAUGCGCAUGCUGGUGUGUGUGUGUGUGUGUGUGUGUGUGUGUGUGUGUGUGUGUGUGAUGGGAGGUGACCAUCUAAGUCUUAUCAGAAUCAUCUCAGACGGCACCUGGGACCAAGGAUGGCGUUAAAUCACUUGGUCCCUUGGUUGGCUUAAUAGAGGAUUGGUUUUCUGAGUACACCGAAGCCCCUGGCUGGUGGAUUUGUUCCUCUAAUUGGAGGUAGAAAACAAGUACAGUGUAGCUGCCACCUUUAAUAGAGGGGCCCCCUUUGAUGCAGCCACCUCUGAAAGCAGAAGCAAGCAUUUCUGAAGGCACUGUCUGAAGCUGAGCUCAUCACCAAACUAUUUCAAACCUUAAACACGGAGACAGAGGGAGGGGGAAGGAGGAGAGAGUAGAGAACAGGCUGUAAGUUUGCAGAAUGUGCUAAAUCAUGAAGCCAAAUAAGCCACCCUCUUUGUAACCCUGACUUUCAAAGUUUUCCUAGUUCUUCUAGAAAUGCAGGUCAGGUUAGUUUAGUCAUCCUUUCGAUCAGCAGGCGUGGAGGCCUCAGAAUGUUACGGGUCCUGUCUAAGCAGGGCGAGUCUCCACCCCCAAGGAUGAGAGAAAGAGGAACCAAAGCUUCAGCGACAGCCCAGUGGUGAAUGACAGAGUUGAGCUGAGGGAGUUGCACUCCAGGCAAUGGGCAUCAUCUGAAACAUGUAUAAUCCUUGCCUAUGUUUGUUACAAUGUAAAAUUAUUUCAUACAUGCAGUGGAACAUAUAUGCCUCCACACACAUAGGAAAUACAUAUGUACUCACUAAAAUGUAAAGUGUAACAAAGAAACCCCUAUAAGCCUGUGACCAGCUAUUGCCUUUCCUUUCAAGCACCGUGACUCUUCCCUGACCCUGUCCUGUCCCAGUUUGAUGGCGGAGCCCUUCUCCUGAACUCUGUUAUCAUAGUCUUUCUGUCCUUUAUCAUUUUACCUCCAUGUAUGUAUCCUUAUUAAGUAAUAAUAAAUGAAAUGAAAUUCUUCUUUU